CGGCCUCCCGCCGUUAGAGCUUCACUGAGCUCGGGGUCAUGCUGCAAUCUUAACGGAGUCUGACUGAUGAGUGCGGAGCUGUGGUGUCGGCUGCUUCGUUCUUGAGCCCAGCCUCCGUCGGCCGUGUGUUGAGUCGUUUUUACCGGAGUAUUUUGUUGGUUGAAGCCGUUCGUCCAGGAUGUCUGUGGCCGGGCUGAAGAAGCAGUUCCACAAAGCCAGUCAGCUGCUCAGUGAGAAGAUCAGCGGGGCGGAGGGGACGAAGCUGGAGGAAGACUUCUUAGAGAUGGAGCGGAAAAUCGAGGUGACCAGCAAGUCGGUGCUCGACCUCCUGUCCAAAACAACAGAGUACCUCCAGCCUAACCCAGCGUCUCGAGCCAAACUGAACAUGCUGAACACGAUGUCCAAGAUCCGAGGGCAGGUGAAGACCACCGGCUACCCCCAGACCGAAGGCCUGCUGGGCGACUGCAUGCUGCGCUACGGCCAGGAACUGGGAGAGGACUCUUUGUUUGGAUGCGCUCUGGUGGACGUGGGUGAGGCCAUGAGGCAGAUGGCAGACGUGAAGGACUCUCUGGACAUAAACGUCAAACAAAACUUUAUUGACCCCCUGCAGAAUCUACAGGACAAGGACCUCAAAGAGAUCACGCAUCACCUGAAGAAGCUGGAGGGCCGCAGGUUAGACUUUGACUACAAGAAGAAGCGUCAGGGGAAGAUCGCCGACGAGGAGAUCCGGCAGGCGGUGGAGAAGUUCGACGAAAGCAAAGAGCUGGCUGAGAGGAGCAUGUUCAACUUCCUGGAGAAUGACGUGGAGCAGGUGAACCAGCUGUCAGCACUGAUCAGGGCGGCGUUGGAGUACCACCAGCAGUCGUGUGAGAUCCUGGAGGAGCUCAGCGGGAAACUGCAGAAGAGGAUAUCCUCGGCCAGCAGCCGGCCCAAGAGAGACUUCAAACCAAAGUCGAUCAGGAGCAGCAUCGAGGCGCUCGACAGCAACGGCCUGUCCUACAGCUCCUCGCUCAAGUCCACGGAUACGCAGAUCAGCCGCACACCGAACGGGAAAACUGAUCACAUACCAUCUGUGCAGCCGUCAUGGCCCGACCCCCCCGCUACCAACGGCAACGCUCACCAGCCGGAGGUUUUGGAUCAGCCCUGCUGUCGCUCCCUCUACGACUUUGAGCCGGAGAACGAGGGCGAGCUGGGCUUCAAAGAAGGCGACAUCAUCAUCCUCACCAACCAGAUCGACGAGAACUGGUACGAGGGCAUGAUCAGCGGCGAGUCCGGCUUCUUCCCCAUCAACUACGUGGAGGUCAUCGUCCCCCUGCCUCAGUGAAGAGCGCCACCGCCGGGCCGCCGCAGACUCUCCUCGGCCCGACUCGGGCGCGAGCGCGCGGCGGGCUCUGUUUCGGACCACAGACGCGGAGGUUUCGUCCCGGCCGACUUCAGAUUAAACGUCUCCUUUACUUUU